AUGGACUCAUCGAGUUCAUGUUGUAGAGUGCAUAAGAGAGUUGUCCUCAAUUUGGAUGUUGGGUACAACAACUUAACGGGUAUCAUCCCUCAUUGCCUAAAAGAGUUGAAAGCAAUUGUUAAUGGUGAAGAAAAGUGGUAUGAGAGUAAUGGCGGUGGUGAUUCUAAUGAGAAUGUGAUUCAAGUUAUGAAAGGUGUUGAUCUUAAAUAUACAAGAAUUUUGGAUAUAGUUUAUAGCAUGGACCUUUCAAGCAAUAAACUUGUAGGAGAAAUACCUGUGGAGCUUACUGCACUUUCUCUGUUAUUGGGCCUCAAUUUGUCUAAUAAUCAUCUGAGUGGGAAUAUUCCAAACACCAUUGGAAACUUGACGUUGCAGACACUUAUUGAUGAACCAUCAAUAUAUGGUGGGGACAUAGAUCUUUGUGGACCUCCAUUGCCAAAUAAUUGCUCGGAUCAUCAAGACCCAACAACAACAGCUCCCAAGAAGAAACAUAAAGCAGUUGGUGAGUCAAUCAAGAUCUUGUUUUUCAUGUUAAGGAAGAAGAUGAUUGGGUCAAGGGGUAAAGGGAUUCCCCAAGAAUUAUUGGGACAUGUGGUUCUGAGGGGUUUAGCAAGAGGUGUGGCAGGAAGUCUAAUCAGUCUCAGCGGGUAA